ACGCGACCCAAACAAACCUUUGCUGGUAACGGUAGCUAGCUAAAUGACGCUGUUAACCACGAAUGGCUAGUCUAUCAGAAUUAACGUAGUAUUUUGAGGGUGACAAUGAUUUCAGUCAGCUAUAUUCUGCUGUGCGGACAGUUCCUGCUGCUACUGACGGUGAUUCUGUUACAAUGUCUGGAAGGAAUUCACUCCCAAAACUCAUCGACAGUCGAGACUCCUACUACUAAUGGUGUCCAGGGAGCUACUACACUGCCGUACAGCGACCAGCCGCCAGAAAUGGUGAAAAAUGAAAUACCGGUGGAAAGUACGAAUUAUACAGAGCAAUAUGAGUACAGACCCCCGUCACCGGUCGUCCUCUGCAGCUAUCUACCAGAGGAGUUCAUCUACUGUCAAGACCCUGUAGAUCAUGCAGGCAACCACAGUGCCUUUCUGGAGAUGGGACAUGGUUGUGUUGGGUGGGGUGGCCAGACUCAAAAAGAAGUGAACCACACACCGGUUAUCUGCACUGCACUCGAUGAUAUAGAGUGUGCUGGACCCAGAGAAUUCCUCAGAGGAAGUGUGCCAUGCAUCAAAUACACUGGACACUAUUUCAUCACCACGCUGCUGUACUCCUUCUUCCUGGGUUGUUUUGGGGUUGAUCGUUUCUGCCUUGGCCACACUGGCACUGCUGUGGGGAAGCUGCUCACCCUGGGAGGCCUGGGAAUCUGGUGGUUCGUGGACUUGAUCCUGCUCAUCACUGGCGGCCUGAUGCCCAGUGAUUACAGCAACUGGUGCACCUACUACUGAGACGCACAGCAGAGUGUGACCAAGGACUCGGGCCGUUUCUGAGCCAGACAUUAUCAGUUAAAUAUUGAGAACUCUAGUGAUGUGGCCACAGCCAGACAUAGUUACAAGUCUGUGGGCUGGCUUGCUCCAAAGGGAUUUACAGCUCUGCUUUGCAAAGUGGAGUUCAGGGACCUCCUGAGGACUCCUGACAGGGUUUGCGGGGCUCAUGAGGAGUAAUUUAAUUUAAUUCUAAUUUAAUCCACUUGAAAUUUCCCACAGAAUGCAUAAGAAUAUCUAUUGUAUUCACAGCUUUCACCAGAGCGACAGUGAUGACUGUGCUACUUUUUAGUUCUAAAUGUCAUCUAAGGUCACUUUCAAUCUGUAGACGAGCUCAUAUGGUCAUUUGUUACUAUUAGUUGUGGUCUGCUUCAUGAUGUCACUGACUGAUAGGAGGAGGACACAAGUACAACACACCUGUGUUUUGAGUAGUGUAUUGGGGAAAAUCACUGCACUCAUAUCGUGGCAUGCAUAUGUUGUGUUACCAUGGUUACCAAAUUAUUUGCAUGAAUAUAUACAGUACAUUACUCACAAGAUUGCCUCCUUGACAGCUGAUAUGCAGUGGAGGGAUCUAAUAGUAGUUUGUGCUAAAAUCCCACAUCAGCCAUCAUAAAAUCAGGUGGUUGGUUGUUUGGCUGUCACACCACAAACAAACUGCUUCAGAGUUCAGACUGAGGCCACUUAAAAAGGAAGUUCUCGCUCCAAUUGUUUUGUCCGUGCUAGAGAGAAUCCAAAGGAAAGUCCAAGUGGACACUGGCAUGAAUAAUUUAUGGUGUGAAAGCAAAACAAUCCAACCGACCACAGUACCUUGUCAUAGUAAAUAUGUACUUUUAACCUGAAUAAAAACAUGGUAGGACAGCCAUUUUUCUCCCUUUGUACGUAUUUGUUACUACAAUAUACACGCUCCAGUUUCAGUCUAUACUAGUGAUAGUCAUUAUUUGUUUUUUCUGUAUGGUUUCUUUGUGCACCAGAGAGGAUAAACACAUAAGGCUCAGUGCAGCUUGACUUACUGUCAUUUUUUAAAAUCUUUCCCCACGUAACAGUUGGCAUUUUCAGACCAGACAGUUCUGGGGGCUCAUUGAGAAGAGCUGCCCACUGGGGAGGAAUUGCCGAUUUUGACUUCCUGCAGUGCAUGGAGUGUCCAUAAUAUUCCCUAGCAACUGUUAGCGUUGGGUAUCCAAAUGACCAAUGGAAAUAUGUUUUAUUACAUCAUCUAUUCAACAUGUAUCUCCAUUGACUGUCAGAAGUGUCCAUCAAAGCGCAUAGAAAGUCAAAAUCGUCAAAAGUGGAGAUAUGUGUUCUUCAUAGCGACAGCGACGAUAUGUUGCAAUGGCUUUUGUGAGUCAAAAUCGCUUUGUAUCUCCAGUGUCGGAUAUAUGAUAAUAAUAAUAAUAAUAAUAAUAAUGAUAAUAGUAAUAAUAAUAACAAAUUUCAUUUGUAUUGCACUUUACAUUUUAGCAAUCUCAAAGUGCUACAGAUUAUUAAUACAAUUUAAGAAUUAUUAAAAAUGAUAAAUGAUGAUAUAUGUUCUGCAAUAAAAAAGCAUAUUGCUAGCCUUCCAGGAAAAAAAAAGAUGAAUAUCAGGUAAUGAUGUGAAAAGUUUCUUGUUAUAACAAGUAGGGCUGGGAAUCACCAGAGGCCCCACGAUCCGAUAUUAUCACGAUACUGAAGUCACGGUACAAUAUUAUUGCAAUUUUAAACGUGCUAAGAUAUGCUGAGUAUUGCGAUAAAAUAUAUUGAAAUUUAUCGCAGCAAAUGUAUCUAGUACACACAAAAAAACCUGAUUAUAUUAUUCUAGUAGGUUACCCAACGUUUAAUUUAUAUUUGUUAUAUUAAUAAUUUAUGUAAUAAAAAAAUUGAUACUUGGUGUCUGUGUGACAAUAGAGUAUUGGCACACAAAAAUAUCGCGAUACUAUGCUGUAUCGAUAUUUUUUAUCUAAUAAGAUGGUUUUCAUGUUUUCACAAGAUAUUUUCAUGUUAUAACAAGAAACUUUUCUUGUCUUUUUUUAAAAAAGAAACUUGUUAUAAUAACAUAAUAUUUAUCUUGUUAUAAAACAUUUCACAUAUCACAACGUAAUGUAAAAUGUUUAAUGUUAUAAAUAAUAUAUUGGUAUAGCAAGAAUUUUUUCUUUUACAAGAAAAGUUUCCCGCUAUAAUGUGAAAAUAUCUUGUUCAAAUGUAAAAAAACAAAACGAAAAAAACAUCUUGUUAUAACAAGAAACUUUUCACAUUAUUACCUGAUACUGAGUCUGAUACUGAGGCAGCAAUAUGCUUCUGGACUCUAAAGUGGGGACUUCACUGUUGCUGGUGUUUGCCAUUAUUGUUGUCUGUUGUUGGCACAGUUAACAGGUUUUUGAAAAUCACAUUUGCCAGUGCUG